AUGAAGAUAUUGGCAGAUUAUGGAAAAAUGCUGAAACAUUGUAUUUCUGAAAUUUUAAUUAAUAAGAAUCGAAUGCCAGGCUUUAAAAUGGAAGCCUUUACUCAUUUCAAGCAUAAUAUGACUGCUAAUGAUGCAUUGAAUUUGAAAAUUAGUCAAUCGAAUCUAUCAAAAAGUACCUAUCAGAAAAUAUAUAACGUUGAUACUACAAACAUAAAUGGCCAAACUCACCAAUCACAACUAGAAUCUGAUCCCGAUAGUAUAUACAAUAUGGGAGCAGACGUGGAUAAACUUGAACAGAAUCUUAAAGAGAGUGGGAAAGCAUACGAUAAAUCAAUGUUUGAUGAUAUUAGAAAGAUUAUAAAAAAGUAUGAAGUUGUUAGUGAGAUUAUUGAUGCAAUUAGAAGCAAAGAAGCCUCUAUUCUUGGUAUAAACCAAUCUGAGUAUGAUAUAUUAAAUCUGUAA